AUGUCCGAUCCCACCGAUAUCCCAAUACCAGACGAGGUUCACUUCCCAUCGUUGAUCGAAGACUGGACAACAUUCUGGAACCCGUUUCUGAAGGAUAAGACACUCGCUCAAAUCUCUACAACUGAUGAGUUCAGAGCGCUCAACAGUUUCAUGCUCACACUCUUGACAGCUAUAGAGAAUAUCGACAAGGAUAAACAUGACGCUUCUGCAACCGACGCUUCUCAAGCUGGAUCAAGUCAGUCCGCUGACGAUGCGCAAGACCAACCUCCUUCUCCGCAAUCAGGAGACGCACUGGUGGGCUGGAAAGGAAAAGGAUCGGGCUUGAAAAAUGUGGUACAAGAACACACCGAAUCUGGAGGAACACCAACCGCUACCAUCAGAGAGCAACAAAAGGCUCUUGAUGUCCUAGCGGCAAAGGUAAAUAGUCAAGAUGAGACGAUUCGUCAAGUCAAGGAAAGGCUGAGUCGACUAGAAGCUGGAUCGAAGCCCACUUCAUUCACUUGUCAGCCUGCUUCCGCCGAGUCCUCCGAAAUCAACAGCCAUCCUUUAACGGAGGAAGCGACCGAUCAAGCCAAACAUGCUCCUAAGGUCUUACCUCUCCAUCUGGAUACCUCUGAUCACCCAGUAUCCAAUCCAAACGAUGUCAAUGAUCAACAUAACUUGCCGACUGAAAUUGAAACUUCGCCUGACUCUUCUUUCUCUGACGAAGGUUACGAUGUCGUAGCAGUAUCACCUAACUCUCCUUCCGGCAAUAGAUCACCAAUCGUAGAAGAACUCAAAGCUGUCGAAGGCUUCCAGCCUGGAACACCAGAUCCCUUCUCACCUGAAACUGCCGCAGGGAUUGAACCUGUCGAGUCUCAGUCUUCGAAUCCUGAUAAAUCCGAAGUCCCACCUGAAACUUCUUCUCUCGAUACUUCUUCACCUUCACCUUGGUCCCAAACGGUAGUUCCAUCUAACGAUGAUCAAGCGUCAAAUUUCACACGAGAGCUCGCCAAGCAGCUUCUACUUCUCAAAGUCAGGAUUAUCCAACUGGAAGAGGACCACAACGCUUCGCAACUUGAAAUACAAUCACUCAAGACCGAAAUAGAAAGUAUCAAGAAUUCUCAACCAUUAACUCGAAAGGAUAGGAAAGGAUUGAAACAUCUUCAAGAUGAGAUGAACAAACUUCGUAUUAUCCAGAAUAACGAUAUCAAGAAUAACAUCUUUUUCAAAGAAUUGUUGGAGAAGAUCAAUGAGAGAAUCGAGGAUAUGGAGCCUGGUAAGAUGGCGAGUCUCUUGAAUAACUUGAAUUAUUUGAAGGGAAGACUAGAGGUGUUGGAAGAUAGGUUGAAACUUCAGGAAAGAAGAAUCGGGGAUUUUGCAGAUGAUAACACCAGGAUUAGGGAGGUUUAG